UUUGUUUAAUUCCUCAAAGAUUGGGCAUAUAGAUGAUAUUCAUUGUUUACCUACUGAUAACUAAGCUUCUUUUGCCUGCAUUUUUUUGGAUUGUGAAUUAGGCUUUGAAUUGUUUCUUGAAAUAAGAAAAUUCACCAAUCUUUUCAUUCAAUACUGUGAUCUAGGAAUAGGUUUCAUAUAAACAGAAGUUUCAGGAAAAUUUGUUGGGAAACUCAUCAUGGCAGACGCUACUGGCCCAUUCCCGAGUGUAUAUAAAGUUUCUGGUCCCCGAGUUAAUCAACUAAAUCAGAAAGCGGCAGACUUAGCUUCUGCAAAGGAUGGUGACAAGGGGAACACAAGGGAGUCCAAAAACAGAGUUGCUGUGAAUUCUGGGUUUCAUCAGGAUUCUACAUCUAAUGCAUGGGGACAUCCAAAUGUGAUUCAGAAACUUAGGAUGCAAAGUAAUAGUGGUUCCCAGAAGGGUACUGCCAAUGCUGGGUCAACUCAGAGUGCUUCUUCUUUGAGUUCCUGCAGACUUGGUAGUGCAUUGACCCGACUAGGUGAAGGAGCCUGUCCAGCUCAAGCUGAUUUCACUUUGUCUGAUAGUUCACUGGAUAGUCGAGUUAAAACAGAGCACCAAGUUGGUGAAAAUUUGGAUUAUGAUAAUGUAGUUAAUGAAUAUGACAAUAAUGAUCCUGAUGUUGUGUACGAUAGCGAUGAUUUUGAUGACUAUGGUUUUGGUUCGGAUGAAGAUGAGAACAGUCAUGAAGCUCGUAAGAAGAGCAAGUGGUUUAAUUCAUUUUUCCAAAGAUUAGAGAAACUAACUGUUGAGGAGAUUAUUUCACCGGUUCAGCAGUGGCACUGCCCUGCGUGUCAAGUUGGACCAGGAGCCAUUGACUGGUAUCGAGGUGUGCAGCCCCUACUGACUCAUUCCAUGACCAAAACAACGCGGAGAGUUAAGAUGCAUCGAGUAUUUGCAGAACUUUUGGUUGAGGAGAUGCGCAAGAGAGGAACUUUCAUUAAACCAGAUAAAGAUGCCUUUGGCCGGUGGGAAGGGCUUAAUGAUAGAGUAGCAGAUCAUGAAAUAGUUUGGCCACCAAUGGUUAUCAUUAUGAAUACAAAAUACGAACAAGAUGAAAACGGAAUGUGGACUGGAAUGGGAAAUCAAGAGCUUCUCAAUUACUUCAGCUCAUAUGCUGCAGUAAAAGCGAGACACUCUUAUGGUCCACAAGGGCACCGUGGGAUGAGUGUUUUGAUCUUUGAGAGCUCAGCAGCUGGGUAUUUAGAGGCUGCACGCUUGCAUAAGCAUUUCAAAGAGCAAGGGAGGGAUAGAGAUGCUUGGGAUAGCUCACGGGUUCCAUUCUGUCCUGGUGGGAAGCGCCAACUCUACGGCUACAUUGCCAUAAAAGAAGACAUGGAUGUAUUUAACCGACACUCUCAAGGAAAGUCGAAGCUGAAAUUUGCGAUGAGAUCGUACCAAGAGAUGGUUGAGAGCCAGAUAAAGAAGAUAAAUGACGAUAGUCAGCAGCUCACCCGGCUUAAAAAGAAGGUUGCUCAAGAACAGCAGCAGUCACAAGUCCUUGCAGAGUCUCUAGGUCGACUGAGUUCCGAGCUCCACCAGACAACAAAGGAAAGCUGUACCAUGAUGCAGAAAAGUAGAUUUCAGCAUGAGCAGAACAAAAAGAAGUUGGCUGCUAAAGAAAAAUACAUUAAGGAGAAAAUCAACAACAUAUACCAAUCCAUAGACACCAAGGAAGAUAACUUCGAGAAUGUACAGAGGGCAGCGAUGGAGAAACUUGAGCGGUCAAAUACAAAUUCGACAAAUAAUGAAGAUGAGUUCAGAGCUAUAGGGACGGAUGAAAAUGCGAGUUCCAUAACAAUUCAAGAGAAAAAGAUGAAGGAAUUCGAAGUAGAGAGGGAGAAGCUGAUGAAAAGUCGUCAAGACAGAAGGCUGGCCAUCACACAGCGGUAUUGGGAGGAGCUGGUGGAGCUAGAGAAAGGGUUCGAAAACGAAUUGACACUGCUCAUGGAGAAGUACACCCCAGAUUGCCUAGAAGUAGAGACCACUAAAUACAAUCUUGAAUAACAAGACGACAGAAACAAGAGAUGAGGGAAUGUAAGACACAAAAACACCACCAUUGACAAAGUGAAAGAAACAAAACAAUCUUGUCUCAUAGGUAAAGCAUAAACCAGUUUUGUUUUAUUUGGUCCGAUUCCGU